UUUUCUUCUAUUUCCAUUCCAUCGUUCUCAGAUUUCUACUGCUCUCAGCAAGAAAUGGCGAAGACAAGAACAUUGAUCAGCCUGACUAUUUCAGCCAUGCUCCUCAAAUUAGCUAUGGCAGCAAAUUACACAGUUGGAGGCCAAACCGGUGGGUGGGAUACGACCACCAACCUGCAAUCAUGGGCAUCAUCUCAAUCAUUUUUAGUUGGAGAUAACUUGAUUUUCCAGUACGCACCAAACCAUGAUUUGCUUGAGGUUUCGAAGACAGACUAUGAGUCCUGCCAGGCAAGUAAUCCGAUUCAGUCUUACUCUGGUGGCACCACAACCAUCCCACUCUCUUCUCCAGGCAAGAAAUACUUCAUCUGUGGAACACUAGGACAUUGCAGCCAAGGAAUGAAAGUCGAAAUAGACACUCUUGCAGGAUCGGCCUCAGCCAACCCCCCGGCUUCCUUGGUGUCUCCUUUGGUUCCUACUCCAGCUCCAGAAAGCUCUAUCUCCUCAGCAACACCUGCAUCAGAAACCACUUCCCCGAUGCUGCUUGCUCCAUCACCAUCUGACUCUCCAUUGGGUAAUUCUGCAUCAUCCUUCAACUCAAUCCACUCGAUCAUUUUGGAGUGGGUCUUCAACUGAACCACCUUCCUCAUCAGCUGACAAAGACAGUUUCCUUAUGAACAUCAUUGUCGGAUUUAGCUUUGUAAUGAUGAUGCUUCAGGCGUACUAAGCAUCAGAUAAGUUUUUGGUGAUGGAUGUUAAAUGAGUUAUUUGUGUAAGCAAUUACCUGAUGCAUCAUGCAUUGGGGAAACAUUUUCAUGACAAAAGCAUUCAAUAUUAUGUAGGCAUGGAUUAAUUUCAGUUGCAAAAAGCAUAAACCGAC